AUGUGGAGAAGCCGCAGUUUGAACUUGUCCGGAGGUCGCUUUUUAGGAGUGUUUGAUUCUGGAUGCCGGCGAACACUGGCCAGCUAUCCUCGCCUAUUCUCGGCGGGUACAUAUAAUUUUUAUUCAAUUUAUUCAGAGAAUCAGCUCAGUUGGACUCUACAAAUUAAACCAUGGGUUUCCAAUGAAUAUAGAUCCAAGAAGUUGAAGUCAUAUAAGAUGACCUUUGCCUGUUUGAAUAAAAUGAGAAGUUAUUGGUACCCUGGGAUAAGCCUGUACAGUACUUCACAAACCACCGUAGACAGCAAUGAAUUAAAAACUUUCCAGGCCCUGGCUCACAAGUGGUGGGAUGAGCAAGGAGAAUAUGCACCUCUUCAUUCUAUGAAUGACCUAAGGGUGCCAUUUAUUAGAGACAAUCUUUUGAAAACAGUUGCUGAUCACCAGCCAGGAAAACCUUUGUGUGGGAUGAAGAUUCUCGAUGUUGGCUGUGGUGGUGGAUUGCUAACUGAACCUCUAGGGCGGCUUGGGGCAUCAAUUCUUGGAAUUGAUCCUGUAGAUGAGAACAUUAAAACAGCACAGUAUCAUAAAUCAUUUGAUCCAGUCCUGGCCAAGAGGAUAGAGUACAAAGUCUGUUCUGUCGAAGAGAUUGUGGAAGAAACCAUAGAAACAUUUGAUGCCAUCGUAGCUUCCGAGGUUGUAGAACAUGUGAUCGAUCUAGAAGCAUUUAUACAGUGCUGCUGUCGAGUGUUGAAACCCAGUGGUUCUUUAUUCAUUACUACUAUCAACAAAACACAGCUGUCCUAUGCCUUGGGAAUUGUUUUUGCAGAGCAAAUUGCAGGUCUUGUACCAAUAGGUACUCAUACAUGGGAAAAGUUUGUUUCACCUGAAAAGCUAGAGAGCAUUCUGGAAUCAAAUGGUCUCUCAGUUCAAACUGUGGUAGGAAUGCUCUAUAACCCCUUCUCACGCUACUGGCAUUGGAGUGAAAAUACUAGCCUCAACUAUGCAGCUCAUGCUGUAAAAUCCAAGGUAGAGGAACCCCCAAGGCCUUCAGAAUUUGUUGUAACUGGGGAACAGGAGCUCCAAGCUGAUGUCUCUACCAAUCCAGGUGUACAUGAAGAGCUGAAGAAAUGA